AGGGGCACAAUGAACAUCGAAGUGCACAACAUCACUUACACCAGCGCCACCAUCUCCUGGGCCAUGAACAACCCCUGUCCAGAGAACUACUACCACGUCAUGUACCGCCCCAACUGGAACAGCGUCUUCGCCGGCUACUUACGCCAAAACUUCCACCGCGAGGAGCGAGUUCCUCACCCCCUCAGCUCCCUUGUUCUCCACCAACUCACACCAUCCACCAUUUAUAUCCUCUGCAUCACGUGCAAGAACUCUUACCCCUCCGGCAACCACUGCACCACCUUCCACACGCUAGAAAAAAACCCCCUGUUUUUUGGUGGCUCCAAGCAUGAACCUACCACCUCCAUAUGGAUGGUGAGCAGUCUGCUGCUCCUCUGCUUCGUUGCUCUCCUGGCCUACGGCUGCCUGCAGUUCUGGUCGGCACGGUGCCACCGGGCUGCGAGGCUGAAGCAUCCUGACACCAGCCCCGACGAAGUGGGCGAAGGGAGCAGCUCGGAGGGGCCAGUGAGUGACAGACUGAGAGAGGAGCUUCUGGAAGUCCCGAUGACCACCGUGCUAAUGAGGAGCUCCAGUUUCAUGAGGGAGAGUCCAUAUAGCUCCCCCCACUGCUUUUUUCCCUAUAGAAACAGCGAUGAUAAAAGGGCCAUCUUGCCACAGCACGGCCUCCAGUGA